CCAUCGCGCGGCGGAAGGGGCGGUGCUGGGGGCAGCCGCGUGCGGGCGGGCGGGCGGAAGUGGCGGCCGGUGCGCGGAGGUGCUUCCGGUAGAGCGGGGGCUGCGUCGGGAGCUGGCGGCGGCGGUGACGGCGACGGGGACGAUCGCGGAGCGCCGCAGCCAUGACGGUGGGAAAGAGCAGCAAGAUGCUGCAGCACAUCGACUACCGCAUGCGGUGCAUCCUGCAGGACGGCCGCGUCUUCAUCGGCACCUUCAAGGCCUUCGACAAGCACAUGAACCUCAUUCUCUGCGACUGUGACGAGUUUCGCAAGAUCAAACCUAAGAAUUCAAAGCAGCCAGAGCGGGAAGAGAAACGAGUCCUUGGUCUCGUGUUGCUGCGAGGAGAAAACCUGGUGUCCAUGACAGUUGAAGGGCCACCUCCAAAAGAUACUGGAAUUGCCCGUGUGCCUCUUGCUGGAGCUGCUGGAGGACCUGGAGUUGGGAGAGCAGCAGGGAGGGGAGUACCAGCUGGUGCACCCAUGCCCCAGGCUCCAGCAGGGUUAGCUGGCCCUGUCAGAGGAGUGGGAGGACCGUCCCAACAGGUGAUGACACCUCAGGGCCGUGGAACAGUUGCAGCUGCUGCAGCAGCAGCCACUGCUAGCAUAGCAGGAGCCCCCACCCAGUACACACCAGGGCGUGGAGGUCCUCCUCCACCCAUGAGCAGAGGAGCACCUCCUCCAGGAAUGAUGGGACCUCCUCCAGGCAUGAGACCACCUAUGGGCCCACCCAUGGGAAUGCCACCUGGCCGAGGUGCUCCGAUGGGAAUGCCACCACCAGGCAUGAGACCACCACCCCCAGGAAUGAGAGGACCCCCUCCACCUGGCAUGCGUCCACCAAGGCCGUAAGAUACUCUCUAAUGUACCUUUAAACUGUGAGAAGACUGAUUAAGGGAAUAUACUGAGCAGUACCAUUUGUUUCAACUUUGCUAUGUAUUAUUUUCUAUUUACUGCUUGUGAAGGUUGCCCUUUUUAAUAAAGUUGGAAAACCCUA